CGCAGACAAUUUCUACUACUAUUCUUCUUAUAUUCAGUUUCUAUAAUUUCUAACGCAGUUUCAUGCCUUUUUGAAAAAAGAAUUUCCAACCUCAACGGAGACCAAUCGGAAGAAAUGACGACGGCGGAGGGGUUCCGGGUACUGGACGAGAAGUCAUUGAGGGAAUACAUCAAAGCCACGCCAUCUUUGGCUUCGAAGCUGGGGACUCAUCAACUUGAUAACUUGGACAUCAAAGAAGUUGGGGAUGGCAAUCUCAAUUUCGUCUACAUCAUCAUCUCUCCAUCUGGUUCGCUUGUCAUUAAACAGGCUGUGCCUUAUAUACGUUUAAUCGGUGAAUCAUGGCCAAUGGCCAAAGAAAGAUCGUAUUUUGAAGCCACAGCUCUUAAACGUCAGCAUGAUUUGUCCCCUGAACAUGUCCCGGAAGUUUAUCACUUUGAUAGAACCAUGUCAUUGAUUGGUAUGCGAUACAUAGAGCCUCCACAUAUAAUCUUGAGGAAAGGAUUGAUCGCUGGAGUUGAGUAUCCAUUAUUAGCCGAUCAUAUGUCGGAAUUUAUGGCCAACACUCUGUUUUACACAUCUCUUCUUUAUCUCACAACCACACAACACAAAAGUGCAGUGGCUGAAUUUUGUGCAAAUGUGGAGAUAUGUAGGCUGACAGAGCAAGUGGUGUUUUCAGAUCCUUACAAGAUUUCAGAAUUUAAUCGUUGGACAUCACCUUUUCUUGAUACUGAUGCUGAAGCUAUUCGGAAUGAUAAAAUUUUGAAGCUUGAGGUUUCUGAGCUAAAGUCUAAGUUUUGUGAAAAAACACAAGCUUUAAUACAUGGUGAUCUUCAUACUAGUUCUCUCAUGGUUACUAAAGAUUCAACUCAAGUCAUCGAUCCAGAAUUUGCUUUCUAUGGGCCAAUGGGCUUUGACAUUGGCGCUUUUAUUGGAAACUUGUUUUUGGCUUAUUUUGCACAAGAUGGACACGCAGAUUAUGAUAAUGACCGAAAAGCAUAUAAAGCAUGGAUACUGGAUACGAUAGCAAACACUUGGAAUCUUUUUUAUAAAAAGUUUACGUCUCUUUGGGAUAUACACAAAGAGGGCCCUGGUGAGGCAUACAUUCAUGAAAUUUAUAAUGAUUUGGAGCUUCGGGAGCUUUUGAAACAGAAAUACAUGAUGGAAUUGUUCCAUGAUUCUCUUGGAUUUGCUGCUGCCAAAAUGAUAAGGCGAAUUGUUGGGGUGGCUCAUGUGGAGGAUUUUGAGUCGAUUAGUGAUCUUGUGAAAAGAUCAGAUUGUGAACGAAGGGCUCUUGAAUUUGCCAAAAAUCUUAUGAAGAAACGAAGAAAUUUCAACACCAUUAUUGAUGUUAUUUCUGUGGCUUAGUAACUUACGCCUUGUAGAUGACAUACAAAUAUUAAUGUUCAAAAUAAAGUUCGUCAUAAAAUUUAAUAAUUAUAAAUGAUAUGCAGCCUUGUACUCACUCCACAACUGAUCAACAGACUUCCCAACCAAGUCAACAAAAUAGUCAACACUAUAACCAUACCUCAUCUUCUUAUUAAGUUCAUCCACAAACCCAUUUCUAAGACCUUCACAAUAAUCAAGAAACCUAGCUGUAACAUCAUAGCCAUAGUCCCACGUGUCACCUUCCCCUGGUUGAACCCAAUGGCUAGGUAUGUAGCCAGCCUUCAGCCUCACAAAAUCAGCAAUCCCUUCAAUCAAUCCUCCAGGGGUCGAACCAUUUCCAGACCAUUGCCACACAUGGGUCAUCUCAUGAUACAUCACACCAUUGAAUUCUCUCUUAACAUCAUCAUUAUCAGCUUUGUAAUUUGCAAUAUACCUUGCGCUGACGUGGAUCUCGUUGUUUUCACAGUAGGCGACACCGUCCAUGUCAUCGAUGAGUAAGUGUACGUGUGUCACGUUUGCUCUUUCUUCUUUGAUUUUUUGUUGGAAGAGCCUCCAUAUGAACUGGGUUGAGGACUUUAAGAUGUGUUUACUGUGUUUGAAACCGAUUUGGGUCUCGUAUCUGAUCCCACCUGGGGUUUGUGUAGCUGUGUUUGUGAUGUUGUAUUUCACUGUUGCAUGGGUUCUUGGGAGGACUGAAUGAAUUAAGAUGAAUGAUAUGAAUAGUAUGAUGUUUUUAGACAUUUUUAGAGGUAUCGCUAUUGAAUCAUGUUGUGCUUGUUUAUAUAUUUGGUAGCUCAUGCUAGUCACAUUCGUAAAGUUAUAUAAUUAAG